GUUCAAUACAUCAGUCAGACGUGCGCAUGCGCGUUCAUCAAGUAAGAAGUGCUGUGCAGCGGAUUCUGUCACUGCAAUUGAAUAAGAUUUCUGGUCGGGAUUCAACAAGCUGACUCAGACAUGAACAACAAGACAAUGCUAAACAGUCCUUGUUCCUUGGAGCAGUAUCUUCUCCUGGCCAAGACAGCCAAGGGAGCAGCUAUGGUGGCCCUUAUCAAGCAGUGUGUGGAGGCCCCAGGGGUCUAUGUCUUCGGAGAACUCUUAGAGAUGCCAAACGUUACUGAGCUCGCCAAUGGACCUAAUGUAAAUUAUGUAGAACUGUUAAACCUUUUUGCCUUUGGAACUUACAGUGAUUAUUUAGCUAAUGUUAAUAAAUUCCCAGAAUUGACAGACCCAAUGGUUUGCAAGUUAAGGCAUCUGACAAUUGUGUCAUUAGCAGCCAAGUUAAAGAGGAUACCUUAUUCUGUACUACUCCAAGAGCUUGACAUGAAGAACCUCAGGGAGUUAGAGGAUCUGAUCAUCGAGACAAUAUAUUCAGAGAUUAUACAGGGCAAACUGGAUCAGAAAAAUCAACUCUUAGAAGUCGAGUUUACUAUCGGACGAGACAUCAGACAAGACGCUAUUGCUGAUAUUGUUACUGUUUUACAAGAAUGGUGUGAUGGUUGUGAUACAAUGCUGAACAACGUUGAAGAACAGAUCCAUAGAGCAAACAAACAUAAAGAAAACUGCUUUAAAGUGAAGUCACAGAUAGAAACAGAGGUGGUGAACAUCAAGAAAGCCAUCAAAGCAUCGUCAGUGGUCCAGGAAGGGGAUGAAGCAGAUAUGGGGGUGGAUACCAGAGAGAUGGAGGCUCAAUCUAUGAAACCUUCCAAGAAACCAUCCAAGAUGAAGAACUUGAGAGGGAGCGGCAAAUUCUGGACAAAGUCAAACUGAGAAACUGCCAGGAAUACGAGAGCAUGCUGCCAUCACCAUGGUAACGGCCAUGAUCUUCCAGAAAAAGACUUUUUUGAGAGACAUUGAUCUCA